AAGGUGGCGUUGCAGUGAGUUUGCGCGAUGGAUGAAUUUAUUUGAGCGGGGUGAACCCAUUUACCACCUCCCCCCAAACGGCAGGCUUCGACAACAUGGGGAUUCCGUUAAGAAGUGUCAGGGCUAGGCAUGCUGCUGGUGUGCACGUACAAGGUCUGGAAGCCAUUAGGCGCGAGUUUACAGGGAUUCGGACAGAGAGGCUUUCUUUCUUCCUCCUCCUUCUCUUUCAAGUCGCAAUCAGUAGUCGGAUUUUCUCCCUCGAAACACCACAAUGGACGCGUUGUACGGCGGAGCUGAAAAAAGCCGCAGAAAUGCCUUUGGCGCAGCUUUGUGCGACGUCAUGGAUUCCUGAGCGCCGGCUUCGCAGGAAAGCCCUGAGUCCGCGACAUGGAUCCGCUCCAGGGUUACCAUGGAGACACAGAUAAACAGGAGGAAACACUGAGGGAAUCCCGUUAUUUUACAGAAUUCAACCACUAUAAACAGUCAGAGCUCCUCGAGAAGUCGAGCAGCGCCAAGCAGAGCACGGGCCAGGCCGAGCUGAACAGGAGAAUGCGCACGGGCCCCAGCGAGUCCCCACCACUGCCCAUAUGUACAGAGAGCCUGCUGCAUGGAGGCUGCUUCUCCCGCACCAUCGCAUCAUGAGGUCCAUGGAUCAAGAGGAACCGGACCUGACAUCUCAUAAAGCUAUUAGCCCUCCUACUGGAGUAUUAUACCCUCAGGAGGAAGUUCCCCAGUAUGUCAAUAAGUCCUGUGUUUCAUCAGCUUAUGCAGACAUUCAUCCUGACAUAAACAUUGGUGUUGGACAUUUAGAAAAAUAUUGCUUAGACAAUGUAAGACCCAUUACCACAUCAGCUGUAAGUCCCAGAAUUGAGAUUACCCCUUCACAUGAAUUAUAUCAAUCACUUGGCAGAGAAUUUAUUGUAGGGCCUGUGUUGAAUCCAGCCAACACUAGCCCUCGGUCAACCUUGCCAGUUCCAGGUUAUGAGAGCACAGUGUAUCGGGAGCCAGCAUGCUUGAGCCCAGCUAGCAGUAACUCCUCUGCUAGCUGGCAUUCAGAAACAAAUUAUUCUCCAUGGACUUCCCCUUGUGUAUCACCUAACAAUGGACCUACGGAUGAUCUUUGCCCGCAAUUUCGGAACAUCCACACUCAGAAUUCUCCAAGGACAUCUCCUGGAACUUCACCCAGGACUAGCAUCACAGAGGACAGCUGUUUGGAUCCACGUUCACCAUCACCACGACCUGGAUCGAGGUCAGCUUCCCCAGUGGGUAAACGUACAUAUGAGGAAUACAGCAGUCCAAAUAAAAUUUUAGACCAACAUCGUUCAAGAAGCCCCUCUCCACAGGCGUUCAGGGAGGACACAAAUACAGGUCUUUUCAGUCAUCAAGCACCAUAUACAACCAGCCUCACUGAUGCUAUGAAUGGUCUAAGUACCAGCUCUUCUUGCAACAUUCCAACUAAGAUUGUGAAGACAAAUACGGCAUAUUCUGUGUUUCCUUUGGACAUCCAAACUGACAGCUACUUUGGUUCCUGUGAACAAGAUGUGAAGCGAAAGCAAGUAGCUGAGCCGGUCUUACUUGUUCCCCCAAACUGGACCAAACAACUUGUGCCAGGGCUUCCAUUCUACAGUGUACCAGUUGCCUCCCUUCCACCCUUGGAAUGGCCUCUUUCAAGUCAUCUUGAUAAUUACAGUCUUCAAAUAGACGUUCAGCCUAAGCCACAUCAUCGAGCUCAUUAUGAAACUGAAGGUAGUCGUGGGGCAGUCAAAGCCCCAACAGGAGGACAUCCUAUUGUACAGCUUCAUGGUUAUCGUGGGAAGGAUCCUCUUGGUCUACAGAUUUUCAUAGGAACAGCUGAUGAGCGAAUCCUCAAACCACAUGCAUUCUAUCAGGUCCAUCGCAUCACUGGCAAAACAGUGACUACCACCAGCUACGAAAAGAUGAUCGGAAGCACAAAGGUGUUAGAAAUUCCAUUGGAACCCAAAAACAACAUGAGGGCAGUAAUUGAUUGUGCAGGGAUACUAAAGCUUAGGAAUGCUGACAUUGAAUUAAGAAAAGGUGAAACAGACAUUGGAAGAAAGAAUACUCGAGUGCGUUUGGUUUUUCGUGUUCACAUCCCACAGGCUGGAGGGAGUAUCAUCUCACUGCAGACAGCAUCAAAUCCCAUUGAGUGCUCUCAAAGAUCAGCUCAUGAACUCCCCAUGGUGGAAAAGCAAGAUAUCGAAGGAUGUUCAGUUAUGGGUGGACAGCAGAUGAUUCUCACUGGUCAAAAUUUUGCAUCCGAUGCUAAGGUGGUUUUUGCAGAGAAAACACAAGAUGGGCAGCAAAUCUGGGACAUAGAAGCAACUGUGGACAAGGACAAGAGUCAACCUAGCAUGUUAUUUGUUGAAGUCCCACCAUAUAGGGAUCCAUCAAUACGUCAUGCAGUUAAAGUGAACUUUUUUGUAAUCAAUGGAAAGAGAAAAAGAAGUCAACCUCAACAUUUCACUUACUUCCCACUACCAGCUAUCAAAACAGAGCCCAUCGAUGAUUGUGAAUUGCAAAUGAAAGUAGCUCAUGGUUUUGCAACAAUGCAGCACUCCUAUUAUCAUCCACAAGGAAUGAUCAAUUCUGAAACCUGUUUUGUUGCAUCAUGUCAGCAAAUACCUUCAGGUAUAUCACCACCAGAUUCACGUAGUAGAGCAGUCAUUUAUCCCAAAAGCAGGAGCCUGAGUUCAAGCCCAUUGAUUUACCAACAGACCAAUCUUAUGACCUCUCCAGGAGCCAUUAUCCAAGAUGCACACUGUUCUGUCUUAGUUCACACUGGCUCUCCAGGACAGUCUUCCACCAUGAUCCACCAGCAGUCAUCUUCACCCAAUCAGCCUCCAUCUUCUAUUAUUCAGUUUUCUCCUACUAAUCACCAGAUCAGAGGAGGUGGCCUCAGUGAUCACCAGCAUAUAAUGUAUUGUGAAAGUUUCCAAAAUUCACCUGCACGUUCUCCUGCUCCUGCUGUUACUCAGUCCACAAGAAUAAGUACAAGCUUCUACCCAACAGUAAUCCAACAACAGCCUUAUAUUCAGAAGAUUGCUAAACACAGGUCUCCACCAAGGCAAUUAGAAUCACAACAAUGCCUAGAAGAGCAGAAAGAAAUACCAGGUGGAAGAGUCACAGUCAAGCAGGAAAAUCUGGACCAGGCUUAUCUUGAUGAUGUGAAUGAAAUCAUCAGGAAGGAUCUGACUGGAGUUCACAGCAGAGGUCAAACUUAAACAGACAACCUUUCAGGAAAUUUGAUUUUGCUAAUUGCUUUUUCACACCAACCUUGAGACAUUUAUCAUGACUAAAGAAGCACAUUUUCUUUUCAGCACAAAUUUUGCAUUUGAUUAUCUGUAAGGAAGAUGCCAUCACUGAAAGUGUUGCAACUGAGAAAGUCCCAUUUCAAAUGUUAAGUUUUGAGUAAAACUCCUCAAUGCAAAAGAAAACUGAUCUUCAUGUUCAGAAAGAAAAAAGUGAUCUCAGGAUUUAAUCUGUAUUCAUAUUUGGAUUCCAUCUUCAGGGAUUCUUCUACCUUUCAAAAGAAUAUUCAGUAGAUCCAUAGGACUAUUGUCAGGCUACACUUUUUUAAGAAUAUAUGAAUAUAUCUAUAAAACACAUACAUUUUCUUCUUUGAAUUCCUAAUUCAGUAUAACAGAAAAGUCCUAACAUUUUAAACAAAAACUACUUUUUAAAAAUGUUAAAUUAUUCUUUUAAUGUUUUAAGCAUCUAGAAAUUUUGGAAAGUUUUGCAAGGUUUUUUUGUUUAAGGGCGCUAGCUGAAGGCACUUUAAAUGUUUCCUAUACUUUAAAUUUAGUAGACAAGAACAGUAAUUUAUAUGAAGUACUUAUAUUUGAAAGGGUAAAAUUACAUCAGGAAGGAAGAAAUUCAUAUGCAUCUGUGUGGUUGUGCUCAUUAUACCUCCAAGAGAGCAUUUAAUAUUUAAAGUGCAGGAUUCAAAGUAGUGCUGAAAUUGUGUAGCUAAUCUGAGGUGGGAUAUACAUCUUAACAUUUCAGUCAGUGAUGUUUGGCUUUCAGUGUUACACAAUUAGUCAGCUGCAAGCAAGUUUGAACAUUCUCUGUGCUUCUAGAUUUCUUAAUAGUUAACAAAAUGAACACAGUUUAAUUAAUAUUUAACAGAGUAUGUACAUUAUUAGCAAAUAUUGUUCAUAAAGUGUCUGCCCCAACACAGACAAUUGAACUAUACUGCGCAGAGCAGGGUGACCUGUUAGAGAUUUAUCAGUGAAUAAUCAAUGUUAAUCUUUGCUGAACAGUGCUUUGAGCCCAUAGCUGUAGAGAAUUUUUUUUUCAAAUAUAUCAUAUCAUUUGACCAAUUUAUAUAAUAGUGUAAAAUUAAAUCAGUAAGGAAACAGUUUUGAAUGGGGCCACUAGCAGCUCAAUGGGAACAUAUUUAGACAGAUCUGUUGUUCACUUCAAAGGAGCUGUUUGUUAUAGGGGAAAAGGGGUAGCAACCAAAUAAUAUAAGCUUAAGAUUUAAUACAAGCUUAAAAUGUAUAUGUUGUGCUUUUAUGAAACAGCAUUCUUCAUAUGGUGAUAGUUUUUAACAGUAGAUUACCCUAAUUUUAAGAAAUUGUGAGAUAUAAUUUGUUUGAAAAUUUACUGAAACCCUGAAAGUUUUGUUUAAAGUUUAAUUAGAAAAAAAAAACCCACACUGACUGUCUACCACCAGUAAUGAAUAGCCAUCCUGUUAACCAAAUUCAUAAAAAGUGCCUUAUUUCAGUCAGCAGAUACAGCACUUUAUAUAUAGCCUGGGCAACUUUAUGUGUACAGUAUAUGUAUUAUUUUAACCCACCACAGACAUUUAAGGUCCAACAGCCCACAUGUGCUAAUGUGUGUUGAGUCUCCAAUAAGUAAAAGAAAGAAAAUGGUAUAGUUUCAUUUAUUUCAGAUGCGCAGUGGUAAUAAUUGCUAUUUUCCCUAAGAAAUUACUAUACUAUAGCUUGGCUAGUAAAAUACUGAAUGUAAUGUUUUCAUCUGAAGCUUAUAUAUAAUACUGAACGCGCUUUAAAACUGUUAAUAGUAGAAAAGUAAAAUAUUUAAAAUGCAGAAACAGAUGCUCUAAUUAUAUAUAAAGUAUAGAAAUACAUUUAAAGCACCAAAGAUUGUAUUAGUCUUUUUGUUUCUUAAUGAAUGUUGCUAACAGUAAAGUACAUUUUUAUAAUUAUUGUUUUGUGGUAAUUAUCAUCUGAGGCUAAGUCAGACGACUCCUGCAUUGCUUACCCUUUUGUAAGAGCUUCCCAGUGCCUUUAUUGUCAGUUAAGUGAUUUUCUUGAAUGUAUGGGAAUUUGAGCAGUAUCGGUAUAGGUGGGUUCUGUAGAGUUUUUAAGAGUUUUGCUGCCUAAAGAAUUUUUUUUUUGUAUUUUAAAUGUUAUGUGAUUUAUCAAGCUCUAUCUCCUUGACAUAAUAGACAUCUGGCCUUUUAAAAAAAGGAAUUGUGACUUUAUUUGGGUGACUGCCACAAUUGCACUGAAACAGACCUUGUCUUUCCUCUGCAUAUCUAAAUAUUUUCUUCAGUACCUUCCUGCUAUUGUAUUGUCAGCUGCAAAAACCAUUCCUUGCCAACUUGCGGUGUCAAUGUUUCCAUUCACAUCAAAAGAAGAUAAAAAAUCAAAUUGGCAGUAGAUAAAAAUGUGCUGAAAAAAGAAACUUUCUUCAUGUAACUGUAAUGUUCUCAAAUUCCAGAAUACUUCCAUAAUGAUAUGUGAAUGUCCUCAUUUUUCCUGAAUUCCGUGCCCCUUGCUCAGCCUUUUGUGUUUGCUUAUACUGCAGGUAAUGAUGCUUUUCAACAUAAACUCUUGCCUUUGCAAAGAUCAGAAGGCAAAGUUGAAUGAAUCAUUGUAGAUGGUCUUCUUCCUGUAUGGAGACCUAGAAUUUGCUUAGGUUAAAAAUGACCGAUAUUAAAUCAGUUGUGGACCUUAAUCUGCAGAGCACUAUGUAAUAUAUGACUUCUCAUAUAUUGGCAGGAUGUGUAUGUGUUUAAUUACAUAUGCAUAGAAAUAUAAUUUCUGUGUAUUUGUGAAUAAAGUAAACACUCUCUCCUAGUCCUGGUAUUAUGCAGGACAUGCCUAAGAAUCAUUUAGUUCUCACCCAGUCUUAAAAUUGUGUAAAUCUAACUUCAGAUGACAAACAGUACAUAAAAGGUUUAAUUUUGUCCGCAUUUAUCUUAUCAUGAGACUCCUUCAGAAAUCUGGAGAGUCAGUCUGAAGUCAGACAUCAGUCAAAAUCCCCAAAUUUGGUCUUUUUCUGCAUUGAAUACAGAAUUGUAAAGUUUGGAUUAAAAUGGAUUUUGUAAAAGUGGAGCACAGCUGUUGCUAUAGUAGUAUUGGUACUUGAAGCGCAUUUUUUACCAGCCUUCUUCUUCUAGUGUUUGUCUGUGAGACAUGUUUUUUCUUACUGAGGGCCAAACCUAAAUUCACAGUAGCAUGAUGGAUGGAUGGCAAUGAAGUCUGCUGGGGUUCUGAAGAGCUUUACCUUGUCUACUUCCACCAACAUGAUGGCUGUGCUGUUUGUUUGCUCUGGAUUGUCCCUUGGGGUUGCUGAAUACGUAGAAUAGCUGGCCUUCCAUUCAGAGUGAGUGUAUGCCCUGGUAUAAAUGAUUACAAAUGUGUGAGUUAUUGACCCACUGUAUAACACAAAAAGUACAGUGAACUAAAUACAAUGGAGGGAUGAGCCUCACUUAACAUCGAAUGCACUGUAUAAUGUAGUGAUACUAUUAGUCCAAGAAAGAAAAUGGCUUUUUAUUAUCUCUAAUUAUAAUAGUACUAUUUUUAAUCUUUUUUUUAUAUGCUGUAAAUAAGAGUGCUGCUUCACUUUGUAUGAAACUUCUCAGUUUCCAUAUUUUAGAAGCAUGUUGUUAAAAAGUGUCGAAGGUUUAUUUUUAUAAUCUGUAUCAAUUGUUCCAGAUUGUCUGACCCAAGUUUGUAAAUCCUUUGAGUUCUAGAAUUGUGCACAGCCUUUUAAUGAUGACAGCGUAAACCAAAACAGCAAUUUGAGAUUGCUUUUGCAGCUCUUUAUUAAUAUGUCAAAGCCAUAUUUAGAAAUUGCCAUUUUUUAGUAUUUUGCUAUGAUACUUUCAUUACAUUUUAUACAUUUUCUUUCUAUAAUACGUUUUACUGUUAUUUUUUUCUAACUCUGUAUACAUUAAGCAAUAAAUUUCAUUUGCAUUGUA